AUGGAUCUGGACUUAGCAUUGAGGAUAGACCAACCCGCUCCUCUUACGGAUGUAAGCACUACUGAUCAAAGACAGAUGUUUGAGAAGUGGGAAAGGUCUAAUCGUUUAAGUCUGAUGAUCAUAAAGAAAAGCAUUCCAGAAAUAUUUCGGGGUACGAUAUCUGAUGAUAUCACUAAGGUUGAAGAAUUUCUCAUCGAGAAGGGGAACAUAAGGGAGUACAUCCUUAAUAUGUCCAAUGUCGCUUCAAAACUGAGAGCACUCAAGUUAGACCUUUCAGAGGACAUGUUAGUCCUAUUGGUCCUGCUCUCACUUCCUGCUCAAUACGAUCAGUUCAAAGUUAGUUAUAACUGUCAAAAGGAGAAAUGGACUCUUAAUGAACUCAUUUCUCACUGUGUUGGAGAGGAAUAA